CAGUCUCACCGGCCCGCGCAGCCCCCACGCAGGGCGGACCCCGCGCGCUUAUUCUGCCCCGGAGCAGCGCAGACACGAGCCCGCUGCCCACAGCCGCCGCGGGAUGCUGCGCUCCACGUCCACCGUCACCCUGCUUUCGGGCAGCGGUGCUAGGAAGCCCGGGGCGCCCAACCGGAGGGCAAAUGUCUGCAGAUUACGGCUGACUAUACCUCCGGAGAGUCCAGUUUCUGAACAAAGUGAAAAGAAGCUUGAAAGAAAAGAACAACAUCCUGACCUAAGCAAUGGAGAAUCGACUAGGAAACUUCCUCAAGGUGUUGUCUAUGGUGUGGUGCGAAGAUCCGAUGAAAAUCAGCAGAAAGAAAUGGUGGUGUAUGGGUGGACCACCAAUCAGCUGAAAGAAGAGAUGAACUACAUCAAAGAUGUGAGAGCCACUUUGGAAAAAGUAAGGAAGCGAAUGUAUGGAGAUUACGAUGAAAUGAAGCAGAAGAUUCACCAGCUCACACAGGAACUGUCAGUUUCCCAGGCUCAGCAGGACUAUCUAGAGAAUCACAUCCAAACGCAGUCAUCAGCCCUGGACAGUUUUAAUGCCAUGAACUCAGCUUUGGCUUCGGACUCCAUUGGCCUGCAGAAAACCCUUGUGGAUGUUACUUUGGAAAACAGCAGUAUUAAGGACCAAAUCAGAAAUCUGCAGCAGACGUAUGAAGCAUCCAUGGACAAGCUGCGGGAAAAGCAGAGGCAGCUAGAGGAGGCACAAGUGGAAAACCAGCUGCUGAAAAUGAAGGUGGAAUGCUCUCAAGAAGCCAAUGCGGAGGUGAUGAGAGAGAUGACUAAGAAGCUGUACAGCCAGUAUGAAGAAAAGCUGCAUGAAGAGCAGCAGAAGCACAGUGCUGAGAAAGAGGCUCUCCUGGAAGAAACCAAUAGUUUUCUGAAAGCGAUUGAAGAAGCCAAUAAGAAGAUGCAAGCUGCUGAGAUCAGCCUAGAGGAGAAAGAUCAGAGGAUUGGGGAACUGGACAGGCUAAUUGAGCGCAUGGAGAAGGAACGACAUCAACUGCAACUCCAGCUCCUGGAGCAUGAAACAGAAAUGUCAGGGGAAAUCUCUUAUUCUGACCAGGAAAGGUAUCAGCAGUUGGAGGAGGCGUCUGCCAGCCUCCGUGAACGUAUCAGACACCUGGAUGACAUGGUGCAUUGUCAGCAGAAGAAGGUCAAGCAGAUGGUUGAGGAGAUUGAAUCGUUGAAGAAAAAGGUGCAACAGAAACAGCUCUUAAUAUUGCAGCUUUUAGAGAAGAUAUCUUUCUUAGAAGGAGAGAAUAAUGAACUGCAGAGCAGGUUGGACUACUUAACAGAAACCCAGCCCAAGACUGAAGUGGAAACCAGAGAGAUUGGAGUAGGCUGUGAUCUUCUACCCAGUCAAACAGAUAGGGCUCGUGAAGUCGCUGUGCCUUCCAGAAACUACACUCCAUACACAAGAGUUCUGGAAUUAACCAUGAAGAAGACUGUGACUUAGGCACUCAGAGAUGUGCUCUUUGCACAGAGAGAUGAAAGCCCUGGAAUCUGGUAGGUUAACAUCUGGAAAGGAAAAGCAAAGACUGUUGCUUCAUCAUCUGCACAGUUUCAGCCAGAAUGGAAAUUGCUGAGGUCUGAAUCCAUUUCUAAAACAUGAAGGCAAGUGGAGGCAGAGGGGGAGGGUCAGAUGGAGAAGUCUACAAGGUUAUAUUUCAAACCCCCAACCAGCGUGCUCUGCUGUACUGGGCCAUCUUUACCUUUCCAUGUAGAUGCUGCCAUCCUAUCAGAAGAACUCCUUCACAUUUUAUCUUCUGUUUUACUAGACUUUGAAUGGAAGGAAAAGGGGCAUUCAUUUAAAAUUUCAUGUUAUUCACACCGGGAUCAUUUGUUACAGCAUGAAGAUUUUGUUUACCCAUAAAAGUAUUAGAGGCUAUGUUUCCGUGGGACAGAGAUAUCUGUCCACUGGAGCUUGGGCACCUGGGGAAACUUGAGCCUGGGGGGAGGAUCCCCUCAUGCAGGUGUGUCUCCUCAUGGUGCCGCAGAUUCAUGCAGGGUUUGGGGAGCCAGGCACCCUUCAUUCUGACGUGUUAAUCCCUGGGUUUAAUUUGUGCCUUAUGCCUUUAUUGGGCCAGCUGAAAUCACUGUAUUUUAUUCCACCUGUGAUAUUUUUCUUUCUCACUUUAACUGAAAGAGAAUUUUGUAUGUUGUGGAAAUUUAAUCAUUUAAUGUUUUCAAUAUUGAUGGGUGUUUUUGCUAAAUGAAUGGGUAAUGUGUUCAUGCAUGCUCUACUUUGAUAUUAUAACCUAUGUCACAUGUUUAAUAAAUGCCAUAUAUUUUG